AUGGCUUCGCUAUCCACCCUAGUAGAAGACAUCAUGCACGGGAUAUGCGAAUACCUCACGUUCCGCGAUAUUCUCCAACUCACCCUCACUCAAAAACGCUUCGCAACGUCAUUUGAGCGGAGUCUCCUGCUGCACCGCGAUUUAGUAUCGCAUAAAUACAACGCAAUGAUAUGCGCCGUCGUCAAAAAGGAAGUUGACCGGGCCGAGGAACUCUUGAGACUCGGCUACGAAGCAAACUUUGCUUGUUCGAUGCCAUUGAUGGCCCGUCCGGCCGACUUGAACUUCACACUUGAACACCUGACGCUUCAAGCGCCGUCAAACGUUGCCAUCAGAAGGCAGGGCCAGACUGCACUCGUGACUGAGCGCUUGUAUCGUCCCGUGUGCGAUACGCACAAGAUCUGGAUAAACUAUUCCGUCCUAGCCCACGCCAUCUUGGACGACCAGGUUGAGAUCGUCAAACUCCUUCACAAGUACGGCGCAGAUUUGGAAAAGCCGUUGCUGCAGGUCUAUGCAUUCCGCGGCACACGGGUGUUUGUCGAUCACCAAAUCAGUGUCUUGCACCUGGCGAGCAGCGGUGCCAUGAUCGAGACACUCUUAGAGCUUGCUCCAAACAUUCCCAUCGACAAAGACAGAUUCAUGCACACUGAACCGCUGCUUCUCUGGCACGUCGAACGAGGCACGGAUCUCAGAGGCCUUCGCCGACUUUUGAAAGCCGGCGCUCACGUGGACGGGGCACGUCCGGCGACACAGCGGAUCGGCUUUUGCCAGUGUGAACAGGAGGACACGUUGCACGUCUUUUUAGAUCACAAAUCACCGCUCGAGGCCGCCAUAUGGAACCUGGACCGGGAUGCCGUUGAGCUUUUGCUAGAACACGGGGCAUCGACGGUGUACCCGCCCAACGACAACGGCGAAGUGACUUGUCUACACGAAGUGAUACGAAUCUUCCUCCUGGAGCACAAGCCGGAGGAUCUAGAGGUCAGCUUGCAGAUAUUUCGCCUCCUAAUUGACCAUGGGUUCGAUGUCAACCGCGAAUACAUCGAGUGGGCGGGGUGGACGCCUGAGGGAACCAGAAUCAACCUGGUGGUGGACAGCCUCAUCUACUACGCAUCCACCGAUAUGUUCCAGCUUCUCCUCGACGCCGGAGCAGAUCCAUUCAACGCGUCGGAUAUGAGGCCAGGAGACAAAAGCUACCUCGUCGUGCUCGGCUUGUCAUCCUCGGUAGCGAGAUUGUAUCCCACGAAUAUGACCGAGCCCGAAAGGGUGUCCCUACAGAGCGCAAAGCUGAAAGCACUCAUCGCCAAGAGAGCAGAGUCAGACCCCAGCGGCCGCGAUCGCAUGUUGUUAUUCAUGGCUGCCAUGGAAAUUUCUCGACCGUCGGAACUCCAUCAGGUGUUCAAAGUCCUUCACAAAGUCUUUGGAUCAUUCGAAGAGGAACUCAGCCUCCUCGCAGACACCAUGGGCCGAGUGAAAAUGAUCCCAGGAAUCCUUCAAGAGAGCCGACAGAUCAUUGAGUUUCUCAUCCGCUGCGGAGCCCCCGUUAAUCACCCCAAUUCCGAUGGGGAGACGCCUUUGCACGUCGCCUAUACUCUCUCGAUAGCCAGCCCUUUGCCCAUCGGGGAAACGGACGACCUCCUGGCGUGGGAUGUUGACGAGGAGCAGGGAUUUACGGUAGGCUGGGCUAUCGGAACCAACAACUUCUUUGGCCAUGAAACUAUCAAUGGCUUCCUCAGCUCGAUACUUAGUGCUCCGGCCGAGGGAGAGAAGCGGGUACGAAACGCGAACGCAAUUUUUGACGCGUUGAUCCAGGCCGGGGCGGCUCAGAAUUUGUUGAAUGAGAAGGGGGAGACGGCAGCGAUGGUGAUGGCUCAGCAUGGUUGGAUCCAGCUGCCGCCUUCACCUGGUUCCGACUCGGAGCGUAUCGUCGGGGACGAGAUUAAGCCGGAUUCGGCGCAGACGGAUGAUGUUGUGGCCAAUGCCUUUGCGAUCUGGAGGCAGUUUCAGCAACUUGCAUUGGGGGAGGCGGGUUCCAGUUAG